UAACUUGGGAAAAGAAGCCUUGUGUUGUAUCUGUAAAGAAACACCAAAGAAAGAAGGAAGCGACAAGAAGUUUGGGCCAAUUCCGAAGCUGCUGGGAAGAAGAAGAUGCUGGUGGUGCUGCUGCUGGCCCACCCCUAAGCACAAGGUACAAAUUCCUCUUUCAACGGCGCCGAGUUCCAAUUAACCGUGCAUCAUCCGCCGGCGAACUCUCUCUCUUUCUCUCUCUAGGUUAUCGCUCAGGUACACUUUCUCUCUCUAAAUCUCACAUCACUGGCGAAGGCGAUCAUUUCCGGAUCGAAGUGCACCUCCUGAUCCGUUCGCUCGGAUCUUGUUGUCCCCGAUGGCGAGAGCUCUUCUACUCUGCCUAGGGUUUUUCCUCUUCCAUUGGAUUCCGUUCUGUUAUUCGGAUCCGGGUCGAAGUUGCCCCAAAGUCAACACUUCUCUGCUCAAUUUCGAACCUGAGUUCGUGAUGCUGCAGCACCAACUCAGAGGGGUCUUUGAGGUGAUCGAUAAUUGUUCGUUUAGGGUUAGCCAAUUUGACAUGCUCCCGGGAUCCGACGUUCACUGGUGGGGUGCCGUCGCUGACGAUUUUGAUAAUUUGACAUCGGGGUUUGUGAUAUCUGAUAUGCAACUCAACAGAACUUACAAAAACGAGAGCUUUGUUGUGAAUUUGAUGAGUAACGUGACUUGGGACAAGAUCCGGGUGGUUGCCGUUUGGGAUAAACCCACGGCUUCUGAUUUUGGCCAUGUGUUGAGAGAUUUGGGAAAUGGGUCGGAGAGUCCGGCCCCAUCUCCUUCUCCCGGUGUUGGCUUGGGCAACUCGAGUGUUUGGGUUAGCAUGCAGCCAACGAUGUUCGAGAAUUGUAAGUCUUUGACAGAAAAUUAUAGGGUUCGGUGGACACUGAAUGUGGAGGAGGGUGUGAUUGAUAUUGGCUUGGAGGCAGUCGCAGGCAGUCUGAAUUACAUGGCAUUUGGAUGGGCAAAUGCCAGUUCAGGAAAUAACCCAAUGAUUGGUUCUGAUGUAACUGUGACGGGGAUUAAGGAUGACGGCAUGCCAUUUGCUGAUGAUUUCCAUAUUACCCAAUAUAGUGAGUGCACAACGGACAAGGAUGGUAAAGUUGAGGGUGUGUGUCCAGACUCAAUGUUUGAAGGGUCUAACAUUAAUGAUUCAGUGAACAACACAAGGCUGGUUUAUGGGCACAGGAAAGAUGGGGCGUUGUUUAUUCGGUAUCAAAGGCCAUUGAAAGCAGGUGAUAAGAAAUAUGAUUUGCCAGUCAAUCAUACAGAUAACAUGACUGUGAUUUGGGCUAUGGGUUUGAUAAAGCCACCUGAUAGUAUUAGCCAUUAUUAUCUUCCCCAAAAUCAUGGUGGGAAAUAUGGGCAUUUGAUGCUUAAUGUUUCACAGCACGUGAAUGAUUGCUUGGGACCUUUGGAUGCUGAAGAUAAGGAGGACCAAGAUCGUGUCAUUGCAGAUAGAAAUACACCACUUAUUGUCUCUUCGGGCCCUGCUUUGCAUUAUCCAGAUCCGCCAAAUCCUUCUAGAGUUAUUUACAUUAACAAGAAAGAAGCUCCUGUCUUGAGGGUAGAAAGGGGGGUUCCUGUGAAGUUCUCAAUACAAGCUGGUCAUGAUGUUGCAUUAUAUAUUACUUCUGAUCCACUUGGUGGGAAUGCAACUUUGAGAAAUACGUCUGAGACUAUUUAUGCAGGGGGAGCAGAAGCUGAAGGAGUCCAAGCCAGUCCUACGGACUUAGUUUGGGCACCUGAUAGAAACACCCCCGAUGAAGUUUACUAUCAGUCAGUAUUCAUGCCAAAAAUGGGCUGGAAAGUUCAAGUGGUUGAUGGAGGUUUGUCAGAUAUGUAUAAUAACAGUGUUCUUUUGGAUGAUCAGCAAGUUACUUUAUUUUGGACGCUCUCAAAAAAUUUAAUAUCUUUUGCGGCUCGGGGUGAGAAAAAAAGUGGUUAUCUUGCAAUAGGUUUUGGUAGUGGGAUGGUAAAUAGUUUUGCUUAUGUGGGCUGGAUUGAUGAUGAUGGCAGAGGGCAGGUUGGUACCUACUGGAUUGAUGGGAAGGACGCCUCAAGAAUACAUCGGACACAUGAGAAUUUGACAUACGGAAGAUGUAAAUCGGAAAAUGGUAUUAUCACUUUGGAGUUUACCCGUCCCUUGAAUCCAUCAUGCAAUGGGGAUGAGGGGCCAGAGUGUAAGAAUACUAUUGAUCCAAAGACUGUUCUAAAAGUUGUCUGGGCUAUGGGUGCUCGAUGGACGGAGAGCCAUUUAAGUGAGAGAAAUAUGCAUUCAGUGACAAGCAGUAGGCCUAUUAGGGUGCACCUCAUGCGUGGAUCAGCAGAGGCAGAGGAGGAUUUACGUCCUGUAUUAGCUGUACAUGGGUUCAUGAUGUUUCUUGCUUGGGGAAUUUUGCUUCCAGGUGGAAUACUGGCAGCUAGGUACCUAAAACAUGUCAAGGGCGAUGGAUGGUUCCAGCUUCACGUUUACUUGCAGUACUCAGGAUUGGCUAUUGUCCUGAUUGGCUUUCUUUUUGCUGUAGCUGAGCUUCAGGGUCUCCAUUUUGAAUCACUACAUGUGAAGUUUGGAAUGAUUGCUAUUGCUUUGGCUUGUAUACAACCACUGAAUGCGUAUGUGAGACCCAAAAAGCCUGCUAAUGGAGAGGAGGUUUCCUCUCAAAGGCUUCUUUGGGAGUAUAUUCAUAUGAUCAUUGGCAGGUCUGCUAUUGUUGUUGGGAUUGCAGCCCUUAUCACUGGAAUGAAACAUUUAGGAGAUAGAUAUGGUGAUGAAAAUGUUCAUGGACUCAAUUGGGCUUUGAUAGCUUGGUGCUUGAUUGGUGCUUUGACAGUAGUGUAUUUGGAGUAUCGUGAAAGAAUGCGAAGGAGAGAUAGACUGUUUGGAGGAAGCAAUUGGGUGCUGGGAAACAGUGACGAGGAUGAGGAUACUGAUUUACUGUCCCCAAGUCGGCAAAUUGUGAGAAAAGAGUCUGCUUCAUCCGGAAGAAUGGAAGUUCAGCUCGAACCUUUGAGCAGAUAGAUAGCUUUGUUUGGUCAAUUUUUUGAUAAUAGGUUACAACUGUUCUUCAACAGUUUUCAAUUUUCAUACACAUGAGAUGGAAGCUUGAUUAUUUUCCUUAAAAAGAUUCUCAGAUAGUAAGAUUGAGAUUAACUUGGAAUUGACAUAUUUGCCUUUGGUAUUCAUCCUGGAGGGCAAAUAUCCUGCGGGUACUCUGUAUACAUUUAUUUACAUAGUUCUACAUUUUCUCUCCCUCGCGCACAAAUGGAAGAAGUUGUUUGCAAUUCAUUGGGUUCCAUAUUCAAUAGUAAUAUUCUUCCUUUACCCUUUUGUA